CAGUGCCACCCACCUGUGCCCACCCACCUGUGCCCACCAUUGCCACCCACCUGUGCCCACCAAUGCCCAUCAGUGCGGCCCAGCAGUGCUGCCAGUCAGUGGCACCAGUCAUCAGUGCCCAGCAGUGAUGCCAGUCAGUGCCACCUAUCAGUGCUGUCUAUCAGUACCCAUCAUCAGUGUCGCCUAUCAGUGCCGCCUAUCCGUGACACCUCAUUAGUGCUGCCUAUCAGUGCCGCCUAUCCGUGCCACCUCAUUAGUGCUGCCUCUCAGUAUUGCCUAUCAGUGCCCAUCAGUGCUGCCUCAUAUACGCACAUCAGUGAAGGAGAAAAAUUACCUGUUUGAAAAAUUUUAUAAUAGAAACAAAGAAACUUUUUUUUAAAAAUUUUUUUGCAAUUUUUAUUGUUUAUAG